UAAAUUUCGCGGCUGCGCGUUGACGGUCAGCUGACAAAUGUUUGCUCAUUCAACUAGUGCGGCAGUGAAAUUAAACAACUGCGCGAAUUGUCUCUUUCCCUGCGCGAUGAGCACUGGUACCCCCAGAUCACUGCCCUCAUCCGGGCAGAAAUCCCUCAAAGACAUCUGCCACCCGCUGUCCGCGGAGGAGUCUGCGCGGAGCUGCAGCCCCGAUAGACUGAAAACCAGCAACCCAGGAGAGAAGGACCGGAGCCUGCCCAAUGGUACACCAGUAGACACAUCAAGCCCUGCCUCCUCUUCUUCACUAUUAAACCGACUGCAGCUGGAUGACGAUUUGGACGGAGAGACACGUGACUUGUUUGUGACUGUAGAUGACCCCAAGAAACAUGUGUCCACUAUGGAGACCUACAUCACCUAUAGAGUGUGCACAAAGACCACCAGAACAGAGUUUGACUUUCCAGAGUAUUCGGUAAGGCGACGGUAUCAGGACUUCGACUGGCUAAGAAACAGGCUAGAGGACAGUCAACCCACCCACCUUAUUCCACCCCUACCGGAAAAGUUUGUUAUGAAGGGAGUUGUGGACCGGUUUUCAGAGGAGUUUGUGGAGACCAGAAGGAAGGCACUAGACAAGUUCCUCAAACGUGUAGCAGACCAUCCGGUCCUGUCUUUCAAUGAACACUUCAAUGCAUUUCUCUCAGCAAAGGACUUGAAUAAACGUCUGGGCCUGGCUCUGCUGACUAAAAUGGGGGAAUCGGUGAAAUAUGUGACAGGUGGUUAUAAACUGAGGGGGCGGCCGAUGGAGUUUGCAGCUAUGGGCGAUUAUCUGGACGUAUUCACACAGAAGCUGGGCACCAUUGAUAGGAUAGCACAGAGAAUUAUCAAGGAGCAAUCAGAGUACCUAAUGGAACUGAGGGAAUACAGUCCCGUCUACACCUCCUGGACAUCUUUUGAGGAGGACCUUCAUGAACCUCUGGAAGGUGUGGCUGGGUGUGUGUCGAACUGCACCAGCGCACUGGAUGAACUCACUGAGGACAUGAGCGAAGACUUCCUACCUGUGCUUAAAGAAUAUGUCCUCUACAUUGAGUCUAUGAAGAAUGUUCUUAAAAAACGAGAUCAGGUCCAAGCUGAAUAUGAAACGAAACUGGAGGCAGUUGUGUUCAGAGAGGACAAAAAGACACCGGUGCCUACUGAUGUGGAGAAAUGUCAGGAUCGUGUGGAGUGCUUCAAUGCCGACCUGAAGGCUGACUGGGACCGCUGGCAGAACAACAAACGACAAGACUUCAGACAGCUGUUGACAGGCAUGGCCGACAAAAACAUCCAGUACUAUGAGAAGUGCCUUGCAGCGUGGGAGUCCCUGAUUCCGUUGUUACAAGACAAACAGGAAACAAAAGGCUGGAACAGCAGAAUCACGGUUCUGGGAACUCUAAACUGUUUGCAGCCUGGAGAGGAACACUAGAGAUCGGGAAAGUCUUUGGCAUCAACAAAUUUGUUGUUUUCAGCAAAAUGUUUGCCAAUAAUCCUUUUGUAAAUGCUUGUUUCAAUGCUGCCUGUUUCAAUGGAACAAAAUGUCAGUGUUUUUUUCUUAUAAUUGUUGAAGAUUGUGCAGAAGGUUUGCCAACAUUCCUCUUGCCAAAGAUGUAAAACUGAAGUUCAAAGUUUCAACAUCUGCUUCUUUCUGAUGAAUCCUCGGACAUAUGCUAUAUGCACAAGUUACUUCUGCAUUUCUUGGGAAGAACCCUCUGCAGUUUCCGGUUGGAAGACCAAAGAGAAGAUAGUUCAAUUUAGCGGUUGCUUUACACCGCGGCAUACUGUCGUGGUAUAUAGAAAGGCUGUUCAACCGUAUCUGAAAUGAUACUUUCAUAAGCUUACAUGUCGUUAUAACAUUCAAAUUCAGUAGAAUGCCACUUCUAUACAAUAUACCACUGCGGCAUGCCGCAAUCUACAGAAUCUGCUUAAUUUAACUAUUUUCUCAGAUUCCAAUUUGUUUCUGCAGUUUCCAGUUGGGGAUACUUAAAGCAGAGGGUACUUGCGUUAAACGUGGAAGUCACACGUGAAUAGAGCACAUUGGAAUCACACUUGCCUAAACUGGCAGCUCCCUUAUUACAUUCUGAAUUAAGGUCACGGAGUUGAAAUGAAUGAUGUUUGCUAGAUAUACUUGACCUCAUUAAAUAUUUAUGAUAAAAUG